CGUACCAGCUCGACGACAGCACAGUCGUCGACCCUACGGCCUCGAGCGCCCCGACUCAUCUCCGGUCUCGAUGAUGAAGCCCCGGCUGCUCUGAACCCAAUCCCACGCCAUGCCUCGCCCUUACCUUCGCCCUUUGACUCUCGCGAGCCCUCGCCUAUGCCCUCCACGCGCUUGCCGCGGACUGCUUCAUCCCAGACCGUUCGCCCGGCAAAGAGCAUGAGCCGCUUGAAUCCCCAUCGUGCUCAGUCCCCCGCAACCUUGUCGGCCUUCUUUGGAGAAUCAUGGUCUGCUAUACAAGGCAUGGCCUCGGACCUGCUUACUCCUUCUCCAGUCUCUUCCAAAGCUGCUCUCUCGCCGCGACGUCGUAAACCCUCUAUCACCUCGACCUCGACACGAAACACAAGUGCCCCUCCGAAGCAAUGGGGCGUACCCACAUCCACCCCUUCUUCUGGUGUCGGCCUUGGCUCGUAUGAAGAGAGAGAGUCCUUGAUACGUGCUGAGAAGCGCAAGCAACUCAUGAACGCUACUCCAGAACACAACACAAUCGGCCAUUUCAAGCGUCGUUCUUCCGAAGAUGGCGCAUCCGCUUCUGCUCCUCCUGAAAAUGGUCAUGACAGAGACGCCUUGGUAUAUGUUCAUCAUGUUAAGCCUGAAGAUACGCUUGCCGGAAUUACCAUCAAGUACAACAUUCAUCCUUCAGCCUUACGACGCGCAAAUCGCAUGUGGCCCAACGAUCGUAUACAAGCUCGCAAGACUAUCCUGCUCCCUGUAGACCAGUGCGCCGUCAAAGGUACUCGUCUAAAUGGCAGUGAGGAUCUUUAUCAGCUAACUCAGGAGAACAACCCUUUUCCUACAUCUAUAGAAGAGGUCAAGACACCCAUACCAACAGGCAGGAGGAGGAAUGAGUCUAUAUCUACAAACGGUGAUCGACCUUCGUCUUCGUCAUGUCGUUCUUCACACGAUCCAGAAGCAGAUUGGGAACACGAUUCAUGGGUGCUCUUGCCAAACAGCAAGCAGCCUACAGAGAUCGCCCGAUCGUCUCGACGUAAUCUGGCCUUUUUCCCACCUGCUAGACGAAAAUCUCAGUCUUAUUCUGACCUUGACACACCUACCGCCUCUCUCGACCUCAACAGAUCUGUGAUACAUGAAAACCCUCUGGACUCUCCUAAGCAAGAGAUACCUCAACGACCACGCGGCAUCAGAAGGUCAUCUAAUGCAAACAAUGCUUACUUCCCCAGCUAUCUGGCCGGGCCAGGGGGUGUCGGAACCAUGGCUAAGAAUGUUAAGUCGCCUGGUCCUGCUCAAGAUGGUUUGAACAAGAUGUUUGCCAGUCACCUUCCUAAUGUCGCUCCCCCACCGAAUCAGUCGAACCUCUAUCUCCCUGACAUUCCAACAUACUCGGAUAAUCCUACGCCCUUUACACCUGGCCUCACGCAUGCACAAUCGCCUUCCAUCAAUAUCGAGAAUGUAGGAGCAGCUGUCGAGGGAUGGAUGCGUAAAAUGGCAGCUAAAGCCAGCACGGCUAUUCCACCACCACAAGAUCGAGGAGCCGCGAAUAGAGGUGGACCAAGUGGAAUCGGCGAUCUGAUCGAGAUGGCUGAGUCUUUCGAGAUAGGGGAAGACGAAGAGGACGAAGAAAAGCACAGAGGUCGUCAAGGCUCAGAGAGCACUGGCCGACCCGGUAUGAGCAGUAGUGCUUCUUUCGCGUAUGCUUCAACACUCAAGGAUAGAGCGAGGAGUGGGACCAGUGCUGGCGCU